AUGAGAUCAUGGACUAUCUCGAGCACGGAAAAUUGCCUGAAGAUCCCAAGGCAUCUCGGGCGCUACGUACUAAAGCAGCUCAAUAUAGCUUCAAGGGAGGUCAAUUGUAUAGAAGAUCCUUCCAUGGCCCGAUGUUUGGGAGCCUCUGAAGCUAAUUAUAUCAAGCGAGAAGCCCACGAAGGGAUCUGUGGAAAUUACUCAGGCGCAGAAUGCUUAGUGUUAAAAUUAAUUAUGAAUGGAUACUAUUGGUCCCGGGUGGAACAAGACGCUAAGGCUUAUGUUCAGAAAUGUGAUAACUAUCAACGUCACGCACCGUUGGUACAUCAAUCGGCAGAGCUACUACACUCGGAUUUUUUGCCCUGGUCAUUCAUGAAGUGGGGAAUGGAUAUAGUCGAUCCGCUGCUGCCAGCCCCCGGUAAGGUCCUUAACAGAAAAUUGGCAAGCGCAAAGCGGUAG